AUGCAUUCCUCCGCCGUGCCUCGAUCCUCCGCGUGGCCCAUGAAUGGCCCGUAUGGAGGCCGUGGCCCUAUGCCGCCAGGCGGUGCCCCGGGGUACGGAAUGUAUAACCAAGCGGGACCCUUUCAGAGGGUUAAUGGAGCAGUUCCUCCGCGCAAUGCGUUAAUGAAACGAGGCCCUCCCGGGGCCGGAAUGCAGCCACCUUCACCAUGGUCCGCUGAGGGGAGUCUGUACGGGAGGAGGGGUUCAAACACAGGGUCUCUGCGAAACAGUGUCAAUGGCGGAAGUGCUUACAACGGAAUGAGUGGGCCAACUGGAGGCAGUUUUUAUAAAGAAAUGGGUCCUCGUACUGGAUCUAUGCGUGGCAACGCUUACGAAAUGCAAAAUAUGGGGUUAGGCGGCCCGAUGGGAAGUGGGUAUGGCAAUUUUCCUCCCACACAAAGGACGAGCAGUGGCAUGGGAGGUUCAAUGUACGGUAUGGGCGGUCCUAUGGGCAUGGGAGGUUCCAUGUAUGGAAUGGGCGUUCCUAUGGGCAUGGGAGGUUCCAUGUACGGUAUGGGCGGUCCUAUGGGCAUGGGAGGUUCCAUGUAUGGAAUGGGCGUUCCUAUGGGCAUGGGAGGUUCCAUGUAUGGAAUGGGCGUUCCUAUGGGCAUGGGAGGUUCCAUGUAUGGAAUGGGCGGCCCUAUGGGCAUGGGAGGUUCCAUGUACGGUAUGGGCGGUUCUAUGGGCAUGGGAGGUUCCAUGUAUGGUAUGGGCGGUCCUAUGGGCAUGGGAGGCUCCAAGUAUGGUAGUGUCGUGGAUGCUGCAUCUCGUCGCGAUGGCUUUCUCGCACGCAAUGAACUUAUUCGGGCCAACAUCGCUCCAGUAAAACACUCAAAUAAUAACGAAGAAAAAAAUAAUGAAAAAGCCCCGUCACCCGUUCCUAAGAAGUAUGAGAAAGCAAUAUCACCCGUUCCCAAGAAGUAUGAAAAAGUAAUAUCACCCGUUCCCAAGAAGGAUGAAAAGGCCCCGACACCUGCUCUCAAGAAGGAUGAAAAAGCCCCGACACCCGCUCUCAAGAAGGAUGAAAAAGCCCCGACACCCGCUCUCAAGAAGGAUGAAAAAGCCUCGACACCUGCUCUCAAGAAGGACGAAAAGGUCACCGUUACCAACUCCGGGAGUUCUAACACCACCAACUUGGCAUCCAAGAAUGAUAAACCCGAAACGGCGGUAGUCAAUAAUGCUGCUAGUGAAGAAAAGGCAGCCCCUAAGUCUCUGGGUUCUAAUUCUCUGCGCAGCACGGAGAAUUCAGCCGAUAAGAAGGAGGGGAGCGCAGAAAAGCCUGCGACGAAGGAGGAUAAGAAGGAGGGGAGCGCAGAAAAGCCUGCGACGAAAGAGGAUAAGAAGGAAGAAGAGAGCAAAAAGGAGACGCUGAGGCCCCCAACGGGCACCAACAUCCGUGGUGUUGUGGUGAUUGUGAAAGCGGCUGCAAGCGCUUCUUCUGCCGCUGUGACAAUGAAAAAUGCUACAACUGUGACAACUUCGGGCAAAGACGAAUUCUCUUUUGACGAAGUUAUAACCCACACAGAUACAUCAAAAACCAUGGAAUCUGUCAUGCUUGAAGAUCUCCGCUGCCACUGGUUGGCGGGUCACAACUCCAGCCUGCUCAUUGGAACGACGAAAGGGGAAAUGAAGGAUGCUUUCAACUUAGGGACCCAAUUUAUUACAAAUACAUUGUCGGUGUUAGAGAAGGAGGGCUGUAAGUUUGAUGUGAGUGUGACCAUGGCGGCGGUGAAGGGCGGUAGUGAAGUCAAGGACCUUUUCAAAUCAUCAGGUGCCGCGUACGAAAAUAUUCAAUUGGCCUCCUCUCCCGUUUUUGGUCCGGCGCUGAGGGGUAUGACCAGCAAAAAGCUCACCAAGUCCAGCGAGUGUGUGAAGUUGCUUGAAGAUGGAUUGGGGAAGCAUGAUAAGGAAAAGGAGCUUCUUCUGGCAUUCCUCGUCUUGAAGCAAAUGAAGAAGAGCAGUACGGGCGAUGAUACGGUCUAUCUUUCCACCUUGUGUCUUGUCGUUGCGGGGGAGGAGGUCUCACACCUCACGGGAAUAAAGGAAAAGAAGGCCUCCGAGCCGUGGACAUUGUUACGCUAUGCCGUUGGUGGGGCCAGCAACACCGUCUGCCUGCUUGCCGUGUCUGCGGAGGGGAAAAAGACGUCAAACGUCAAGGCGGUUCUGGAGGUGGGGAAAACCAUGCGAGAGGUGAGGAACGGCAUCCCACGCAGCGGUAAUCUUAUGCAUUUUGUGGAGUUUACAAAGAGAGAAUUAACCAAGCAGAGGGCGGCUGCCGUGAAGGAUGAAUCCGUGAAGAGAGUCGUGGUUCGCUUGGAAAAAAUGCUGAAGGACGCGGAGGAAUUUUUGGCAAAUCCGGAUUCCGAGCCAAAGACAUAUUAA